AGAUUGACAUCAUUAACAUGAAAUAAGCCUCCCACGAUUUGAGCUUUCAAACUCUCUAUUCUAGCCCGCUCCCAAAUCUCAUCACCUUCUCUCCCCCUCUUCCCUUUCCCCCUCUUCUUGUCUCCCAAAUACCCAGAAAAAGAAGAAAAAAAAAUCCAAGAUCAGAGAGAAAGGGUAUUGGGAGGCUCGACCAUUCAACGAAAAAAUGGGGAAGAAGGACAAGAUGGCAGAGUACUCCAACGACGAAGACAACAUCAACGACAACAAGGGUAGCUACAACUACCGGAUGUUCAGCUUCUUCAAUCGGAAGUUCAAAAUCACGGAGCCCGAGCCGCCGGCCGACGUCCAAAACCUUUUCGCGCAGUAUUCGGAGGGCCAUCACGAGAUGACCGUUAAUCAGUUUCGUAGCUUCCUUGCGGGUCACCAAAGCGAGCCCAAUUGCACGCUCGAGGAAGCCGAGAGGCUCGUCGCCGAAGUCCUUCACCGGCGGCACCAUUUGACGAGGUACGCGAGGAAUGGCCUCAAGCUCGAUGACUUCUUCCAGUUCUUGCUCUCCGACGACCUCAAUGGCCCUAUCAACAAACAGGUGCACCAUGACAUGUGUGAGCCAUUGUCACAUUAUUUCAUAUAUACAGGGCAUAAUUCCUACCUAACUGGGAAUCAACUCAGUAGUGAUUGCAGCGAGGUCCCCAUUGUAAGAGCUUUACAAAGAGGGGUUAGGGUGAUUGAGCUAGAUUUAUGGCCUAAUUCGUCUAAGGAUGAGGUCCUUGUUCUUCACGGAAGGACCUUGACCACGCCUGUGUCGCUCUUCAAAUGCUUGAAGUCAAUACGAGACUACGCAUUCGUUCGCUCUCCUUAUCCGGUCAUCAUCACGUUGGAAGAUCACCUUACGCCAGAGCUUCAGGAGAAAGUUGCAGAGAUGUUGGUUCAGAUUUUUGGGGACAUGUUGUAUUACCCGGAGUCAGAUAGCUUGAUUCAGUUGCCUUCACCAGAGCUACUGAAAUAUCGAGUCAUGAUCUCGACCAAACCACCAAAAGAGUAUCUUGAAUCGAGCGGUAUCAAACAAAAGGGAACUCCACGAGAUAAUGGGUCUGAGGAUGAUGAUGACGACGAAGAUGGGAUUGGAACUUCCGAAACAGAAGCCAAUUGUGGGAGGCCGAGCAGUAGUGAGCAGGAAGAUGAAGAUUCGAGUGACUGCAGAACAUCAGGGCAACUAAAUUCUCCAGGGUACAAAAGGCUUAUUACCAUUCAUGCUGGGAAACCAAAGGGUGCCUUAAAAGAUGCAUUGCAGCCUGCAGCUGAAAAAGUUAGACGACUUAGUUUGAGUGAGCAGGAGCUUGAGAAGGCUGCCACUACUAAUGGAACCGAUGUAGUUAGAUUUACGCAGAAGAAUAUAUUGAGAGUUUAUCCAAAGGGAACACGAAUCACAUCCUCUAAUUACAAGCCGAUGGUGGGAUGGAUGCAUGGGGCACAAAUGAUAGCAUUCAACAUGCAGGGAUAUGGGAAAUCACUUUGGUUGAUGCAUGGGAUGUUUAAGGCUAAUGGAGGAUGUGGGUACGUGAAAAAGCCUGAUUUGUUAAUGAAGAAAGGCAUCAAUAGUGAGGUUUUCGAUCCUAAGAAAAAAUUGUUAGUGCAGAAACGAUUAAAGGUGAAGGUGUAUUUGGGUGAUGGAUGGCGCUUGGACUUUAGCCACACACACUUUGAUGCUUAUUCACCACCAGACUUCUACACUAAGAUUUACAUUGUUGGUGCAUCAACUGAUUCGACACGAAAGAAAACGAGGAUCAUCGAGGACAAUUGGUCGCCCGUAUGGAAUGAAGAGUUCACGUUCCCAUUGACGCUUCCAGAGCUAGCGCUACUUCGAAUCGAGGUCCGGGAAUAUGACAUGUCCGAGAAAGAUGAUUUUGGUGGGCAGACAUGUUUGCCCGUCUCCGAGCUAAGACAAGGGAUCCGAUCAGUCCAUCUUCAUGAUAAGAAAGGCGAGAAGCUGAAGAAUGUGAAGCUUUUGAUGGGGUUUGAGCUUUUGUAGAUCCAAUGUACGCAUGUCUGUAAUCAUGGAGCAUUAUACCAAUUAGCUAGUUAGACAGCUAAAGAAUUCAAUGGUAAAUUAGCUCUUUAUUCAAGGAAGGAAUCAAAUCCAUACUACUUUAAGCUCGCAGAUUACAACCUUAAACGCACAUAAAAAAUUAUUACUAAUUGUUUGAUAUUACAAUACUUUUUUAGUAAAAAUAGAAGACGUAUUAUAUCAAAAUCCUAUAAUUUAAAAAAU